CGCCACCGGCAGAUUGUUGCGCCGCCUAGCGUAGCAUUUCGCGCCCACUUCCGGUAGAGGCGCCGCCCUUCGGAGCAAUGUGGCCGUGAAAAAAUCGUUGCGCGGGGUUGAAAGCCGUCGCUAGAGGCUGCUGGCCAGUCGGGGCUCGUCCAGAUGGGUCCUGGAGCAUCCGGGGGGGCUGCAGUGAUGUUUUUGCGUUGCAGAGCGCUUCGCGUAGGCCCUCGCUCUCUGCCAUCUCUACCCAAAAUAGUAUUGGAAAACAACAGAGUUCUACAACUCAUCACUCUGGGUCUAUUUAAAGAGGUUCCUGAAGCAUAGCAGAUAAAAGUAUCCAGAAGUCUUUGCAUCAUUCAUGCAAGAUGAGUUGGCUACAAAUGAUUGAAGAUGUGAGCUUCAGGAAACUAAUAGAUAAUUUGGAGUGCCCAGAAAAAUUUAAAUACGACUUUAACAAAAAUGGUGAUCUUAAGCAUGUAGACACUAAUGAACCUUUUGUUUAUAAUUAUCAGAAUUCAUAUAAAGAUAAUCACAAACGUUACCAAAUUAUUGGACAGUUAAUAACUCAGUAUGUUUAUGAGCUCCUUGAAAAAGUUUGCAGUCUGCAGAAGAUUUACAUCCCAACAUGCACGGCAGACAGUAAAAUUCAUAGUUUCUUUUUCAUGAGUGAGAAUGCAUUGACAAAUAGUUCAACUUUACUUGUUCUUCUUCAAGAUCAGGGGACAUUUCGUGCAGGCCAGUGGACACAAAGUUCAAUAAUACAUGAUGGCCUUCAACAUGGAUCUCAGAUACCUUUCAUUACAAUGGCUCUACAGUGCUCUUGGGGAGUGAUUGUUUUAAAUCCUAAUGACAAUUUUGUAGAUCUGAAAAUAGAACCAGAAUGUUUAAGCCUUUUAGAAAAUGAUGCUAUUUGUCCUCUAAAUUUAUCAUGGGCAGUCCCAAAGAGAAACAGCAGUAACCCCGAAGAACAUACAAUCUAUGUUUGGGAUCACUUCAUUUCAAAGACUUCAUCUAAAAAUGUGGCCUUCGUUGCCCAUGGCUAUGGGGGAUUGAUUUUUAUCAACUUACUCAUGCAAAGAACUUUGGAAGUGAUGAACAAAGUGUAUGCUGUUGCACUUAUUGACUCUAAACAUCACAUGAAACAUCAGACACAAGGCAAUUCUGACGUACAAACAUGGAUAUGGAAGCACUGUCAAGAGUGGGUAUCAAAUAGUAAUCCUAUAGAUAGGUCAGUAGGCUACCUUAUGAAAAUGGAUUGUCCUAUAGUCUCCACCGGAUCUGAAAAGUACAAUAUGGCUCCAUCCUCUAGCCUGCAGUCCAUCUUCAAGUAUCUAAAGAAUGCACUGAAAACUAGUAAUAAAGACAAUUUCAGUCGAUCACCUAUUGCAACAAGGAGCAAAAAUGCCAUGAAAAAAAAUUAAGAAUAUAUGUUUUUCAUAGUUUCUUCUGUCAGAAAAAAAAUGGUAUUUGAUGCAAAUGCCUAGGCACACUCUUAAGAUAAACUAUUUUAUUUAAUAUAUUAUUUCUUUUCUUCCCCCUUGGCUGAAGCAGAUAUUAUGUUAUGUAAGGUGCAAUUUUGAAUUCCAUGGUCAGGCUUUAUUUUAGUUGUUGAAAGGAUACUUUGUACAAAUUUGUAAUUUAGUGACAAUUUUUUCUUUCAAUGUCUUACAAAUAUAUUCUUUGACAAAGCUU